CUGUUCAGAGCAGACAUCCAGUUGGUCUCUGAGGAGAUUUUGCCUUCCCAGCAGCCAGACCAGCUUCCCACUGUGGUGAAAACUGAGCCCCUUGACUCUCAGGAGGUCCAAGUAGAAGUUGACACAGUUCCUCCUCUCUGUCCUUCAGACACCAAGCCGGUCUCUGAGGAUCUGCUCCCAUCAUUGGAGCAAUGUGACAUUAAGGUGGAACAGAUCCAAGAGUACCCACAGGCCAAAGAGGAGCAGGUGGAGCAGUGCAUCAGUCCAGACGUGGAGGCUGAUACUUCCAACAAUGCUGGAGUCAGACUUCCCAAAUCAGAACCGACCAGCGACUCUGAUCUCUUCCCAUCUUCUGCUGCUGUAACUGUGGGUGUAAAUGAAAGCAUAGAUGACAAACAGGGUGAAAGCGAUGGCUCGUCGAUGUUAUGCUGUGACUCAGAGGAGGAUCAGAGUCAAAGCGUUGAAGUCCAUAUGGAACUGGAACAGCCUCAGAGAGACAAAAAGUCUUGCCGUUUUUGCGGUGAUACGUUUCUGAGCGACUCUGCUCUGAGAAUGCACGUGCAAAGAUUUCAUGAAGGACAGAAAGCAUUUAAAUGCCUGAAGUGCAACAAGCAGUUUGACCGAAGGAACCAUCUAAUUCUGCAUGUAAGAAUUCACACAGGUGAGAAGCCCUUCAGCUGUGAUUACUGUGAGAAAACCUUCACUCAGAACUCAAGUCGUAUUGCUCACAUGAGGGUGCAUACCGGGGAGAAACCAUAUUACUGUGCUAAAUGUGGCAAAAGUUUUGCCUCAAGCAGUCAUUUCAAAAUUUGCAAAAUGAAGGCAAAUUUUGAAAGUGCACCAGAAAAGGUGAACACAGACGAGAACCCCAAAGACAAGACCAUUGAAUGCUCUGAGUGCAGUAAGAUGUUUAGGCUGAAGAAACAGCUAAUUCGGCAUCAGAGAGUUCACACCGGCGAAAAACCCUUCAGCUGUAAUUUAUGCGGCAAAACAUUUGGUCACAGUUCCACUCGAAGGUCUCACAUGAGGGUGCACACUGGAGAGAAACCGUAUUUUUGCAAGAAUUGUGGCAAGAGGUUCGCUGGCAAAAAACAUCUGUUAACGUGCACGGCGUCAAAGAAGAGCGAAACAAAGUCCUUUCACUGCACAACGUGCGGCAAAUUCUUUCACACGGAGACAGACCUGAACGUGCACAUGCAGGUUCACGAGUCGUGGAAACGACACAUGAAACUGCAAGAACAGGACGGACUAAACAAGACGCUGCUCCAUCCAUCCAUGGCGGGGACGCAGCUGCUCAGACUGCAGGUCAACGAGCGACUGGCUGCGGCUGCCGAGGAGAUCUUUGGACUUGUUGAAAAGACGAUAGCAGAGUAUCAGGAUGAAGUUGUCCGCUCCAGGACAGAAAUCAUCCAGCUGAGAAAGCAGCUCGAGCAGCUGACCGUUUUAAAGCCGGAGGUGAUGCUGUUCAGAGCAGACAUCCAGUUGGUCUCUGAGGACAUUUUGCCUUCCCAGCAGCCAGACCAGCUUCCUACUGUGGUGAAAACUGAGCCCCUUGACUCUCAGCACGUCCAUGUAGAAGUUGACACAGUUCCUCCCCUCUGUCCUUCAGACACCAAGCCGGUCUUUGAGGAUCCGCUCCCGUCAUUGGAGCAAUGUGACAUUAAGGUGGAACAGAUCCAAGAGUACCCACAGGUCAAAGAGGAGCAGGUGGAGCAGUGCAUCAGUCCAGACAUGGAGGCUGAUACUUCCAACAAUGCUGGAGUCAGACUUCCCAAAUCAGCUGCUGUAACUGUGGGUUUAAAUGAAAGCAUAGAUGACAAACAGGAUGAAAGCGAUGGCUCGCCAAUGCAAUGCUGUGACUCAGAGGAGGGUCAGAGUCAACGCGUUGAAGUCCAUAUGGAACUGGAGCAGCAUCAGAGAGUCAAAAAGUCUUGCCGUUUUUGCAGUGAUACAUUUCUGAGUUACUCUGCUCUGAGAAGGCACAUGCAAAGAUAUCACGAAGGGCAGAAAGCAUUUAAAUGCCUGAAGUGCAACAAGGAGUUUGACCAAAGGCACCAUCUAAUUCAGCAUGUAAGAAUUCACACAGGUGAAAAGCCCUUCGGCUGUGAUUACUGUGAGAAAACCUUCGCCCAGAUAUCAAGUCGUAUUACUCACAUGAGACAGCAUACUGGGGAGAGACCAUAUCACUGUGCUAAAUGUGGCAAAAGUUUUGCCUCAAGCGGUCAUUUCAAAAUUUGCAAAGUGAAGGCAAAUUUUGAAAGUGCACCAGAAAAGGUGAACACCGAUGAGAAUCCCAAAGAGGAGGAGAAGACCCUUAAAUGCUCCGAGUGCAGCAAGAUGUUUAGGCGGAAGUACGAGUUCAUUCGACACCAGAGAAUUCACACCGGCGAAAAACCCUUCAGCUGUAAUUUAUGCGGCAAGGCAUUCACUCAGAUUUCCACUCGAAAUGCUCACAUGAGAGUGCACACCGGAGAGAAACCAUAUCUUUGCAAGAAUUGUGGCAAGAGUUUUGCUUGUAAGAAACAUCUGAAAUUCUGCAGAGUGUUGAAGAAGAGCAAAACAAAGUCCUUUCACUGCACGACGUGCGGCAAAUUCUUUCACACGGAGUCAGACCUGAACGUGCACAUGCAGGUUCACAAGUUGUGGAGACGACACGUGAGCGAGAAACUGUACAUCCAGUUGGUCUCUGAGGAGAUUUUGCCUUCCCAGCAGCCAGACCAGCUUCCAACUGAGCCCCGUGACUCUCAGCAGGUCCAUGUAGAAGUUGACACAGUUCCUCCUCUCUGUCCUUCAAACACGAAGCCGGUCUUUGAGGAUCUGCUCCCGUCAUUGGAGCAAUGUGACAUUAAGGUGGAACAGAUCCAAGAGUACCCACAGGUCAAAAAGGAGCAGGUGGAGCAGUGCAUCAGUCCAGACAUGGAGGCUGAUACUUCCAACAAUGCUGGAGUCAGACUUCCCAAAUCAGAACUGACCAGCGACUUUGAUCUCUUCCCAUCUUCUGCUGCUGUAACUGUGGGUGUAAAUGAAAACAUAGAUGACAAACAGGAUGAAAGCGAUGGCUCGCCGAUGUUAUGCUGUGACUCCGAGAAGGAUCAGAGUCAAAGCGUUGAAGUCCAUAUGGAACUGGAACAGCAUCAGAGAGACAAAAAGUCUUGCCGUUUUUGCAGUGAUACAAUUCUGAGUGACUCUGCUCUGAGAAGGCACAUGCAAAGAUUUCACAAAGGGCAGAAAGCAUUUAAAUGCCUGACGUGCAACAAGGAGUUUGACCUGAGGCACCAUCUAAUUCAGCAUGUAAGAAUUCACACAGGUGAGAAGCCCUUCGGCUGUAAUUACUGUGAGAAAACCUUCAAUCAGCACUCAAGUCGUGCUGCUCACAUGAGACGGCAUACCGCGGAGAAACCAUAUCACUGUGCUAAAUGUGGCAAAAGUUUUGCCUCAAGCAGUCAUUUCAAAAUUUGCAAAAUGAAGGCAAAUUUUGAAAGCGCACCAGAAAAGGUGAAUACAGACAAGAAUCCCAAAGUGAAGGAGAAGACCUUUAAAUGCUCCGAGUGCAGCAAGAUGUUUAGGCGGAAGCACGAGCUCAUUCAGCACCAGAGAAUUCACACCGGCGAAAAACCCUUCAGCUGUAAUUUAUGCUGCAAAACAUUCACUCAAAUUUCCACUCGAAAUGCUCACAUGAGAGUGCACACCAGAGAGAAACCGUAUCUUUGCAAGAAUUGUGGCAAGAGUUUUGCUACUAGGAAACAUCUGAAAUUGUGCACGGCGUUGAAGAAGAGCGAAACAAAGUCCUUUCACUGCACGGCGUGCGGCAAAUUCUUUCACACGGAGACAGACCUGAACGUGCACAUGCAGGUUCACGAGUUGUGGAGACGACACAUGAGCAAGAAACUGCGAGAACAGGAGUGAGCGGAGGAAAAACAAACUACAUGACACCAAAUAUUUGGGUGAAACGAGUAUUUAGCAAUGGUCUGUUUUAACUGUUGUCUGUUUCAAAAGCAGUAUAUACUUGUAGAUGUGUGACAUUUACCUGAAUGAAACUAUUCACCAGUUCAUGUGGAUAGAGUUUAAAAUAUUGGGAUUUGAACUGACAUACAACUGAGACUGUGUCUUCAACAGUGAUACGGUAUACUGGAUUACAAGCCUUACGUUUUGGCUUUCAUCACACAAUGUCUAAAACCUGUGCUGUAUCACAAUUUGUUUAAAACAUCAAUAAAAUAUUGGUUUUUUU